AUGGCUACGGCCAAGAGCACGAAGCCCCCCUUUGUUCCGAAAGAGGAGAACUCCCCCUCGACCUCCUCGAGCCCCUCCGCACCCGCUUCUCCCAGCUCGCCAGGCGCAACUUCGACCCGAAAACUCACCCCAGCUCUCAAACGCGCCGCCAUCGCCCCCAGGCUUCGCAGCAUGAGCGUCAAGAAGAUCGGCGACUUGCUCAACAUCAACUACAAGAUCAUCUGGAACUAA